UUGGAUUUUCUUUCAGGACACUGUUUUGAUGGAGCAGGUGAUGUAUUCUCUGGAAAGUGUAAUGAUUCAGCGCGGGUUAUCAUAAAACAAAUUCCACUCGAUGCGCUUGACAUCACUUACGACCCGUCGAGAGCAGAGAAUUCAGAGGAAUUCACUCGCACACUCGUGCAUGCGAAAUCACCAGACAAGGGCCAACUUCUUCGGGAAGAUAUACGUUUGAUGCGAUUGUUACGCCACCCACAUAUUGUUGAUUUUCACGCUUGUUUCGUGGAUGGACCGUCUAUAUACUUGGUGCUCGGUGGCUGUAACUACGGUUUGUAUCUUUGUCUUGUUUUUGGGCUUACGGCUGCAAGUGGAGAGGGAGGUGUUUUAUCGGUCUUAAUCAUUUUCAAUGUUCAUUUUUGCUUAGAUAUGUAG